GUGUGGGCUGGCUGCUGUUUGCUGCUCCUACCAAAAGGAGAUGGUGAGGUAUUGUUUUGGAAGGCAGAGUGGAAGACGCUUGUUAUAAACAGCAGCAGCAGGUCAAUGUGUUUCUCUUUUUUGGGGUUGGACGGCUGGCGGCUGCUAUCCCCAGCCACCGAUUUAUUUCACCAGCGUGGAAGAGCGAGGAGACAGCAAGCAGAGCUAGCGUGACUUGGUAACAUGGACAGUGGCGGAACGUGCGCUGUUAUCCAGCCAGCUAGAUAAAGACGUGACCUGGGAGAGUGCAAGAAGGAAGGGGAGCACGGGUUGCUGGUUGGUUGGCUGGGCUGGGCUGGCUGGCUGGCUGCUUGGUAUUGGACAUGGAGACCAGGAGGAGAGGGGAGCGGAAGCCGGAGAGGCACGCCGGGAUUACCCGCAACGGUGCGUCCGCGGGCAAGGCUGUGGCCGUGACAAAGCGCUCCUCCGCAGGGGGCACUGAGAGAAGCGAGGGAGCCUGGCAGCCUGGCACUACCCUCGGUGCUGCUUGGUGCUGGCACGGCGUUACCAUGGCAACAGGGCUGUCGUUAGCAGGGGCCCUGGGGAUGUUCCAUGCAUGGGCAGUCAACUCCAUACACGAGAACCUCCUCUGGUUUUCUAACCUGGAGGAGGUUGAGCGUGAAAUCUCUUUUCGGACUGAAUGCGGCCUGUACUACUCCUACUACAAACAGAUGUUGAAGGCCCCCUCCAUUCAGCAAGGUCUUGUGGAGCUGAUCAACGAUAACCUGACUGAGUCCAAGAGAACCAUCAACCUCUUGCAACGUAUGAACAUAUACCAGGAGGUGCUCCUGAGCAUCCUCUACAGAGUCCUGCCAAUUCAGACCUACCUGGAGCCGGUUUACUUCUACAUCUACACGGUGUUCUCUCUACAAGCCGUGUACGUCAUAGCCCUCUACAUCACCAGCUGGCUGCUGAGCGGGUCCUGGCUUGCUGGCGUACUGACGGGGGUCUGGUACAUCCUCAACAGAGUGGACACCACGCGUGUGGAGUUCACCAUCUCGCUCAGGGAGAACUGGUCGCUUCCGUUCUUCGCCCUGCAGGUGGCGGCCAUUACCUGUUACCUGCGGCCCCAGCUGAAGCCCAUUCACCAGAGAGUGGUGCUCUGGCUGGUGUUCGUGUCCACGUUCUGCUUCUGCCUCACCUGGCAGUUCAACCAGUUCGUCCUCUUCAUCCAGGCCCUCGUCUUCUUCACCAUGGACGCAUUGGACUUCCUCUCUGCUGAACAGGUGACAUCGCUGUACCUGGUUCAGGUGAUCAGCCUGCUGUCCGUGUGGCUGCUGCAGUUCUGCAAUCCCAUGAUCCUCGGCUCACUGGCCCUCAGCUUCGUUGUGGCGGCCCUGUUUGUCAAAUACUUCCAGACAGGGCUGAAGUCAGGAGGGUUGCUGUCCCGGGUGCUGAAGUUGUGUCUGCACACCUUGUUGGUGCUGGCCUUGGCACUCAGCAUCAAUUAUUUAGCCAAGGCAACUCUGCAGCUGCGGUCCGAUGAGCACAUCUUUAAGUUCGUAAAAGCAAAGUUUGGACUCGGGGCCACAAGGGACUUUGACGCCAGCCUGUACCUGUGUGAGGAGGCGUUUGGGCUGCUGCCCCUGGACACCCUGGAGAGGCUGGGGGGCACGCUGCUGCUGUACCCGUACCUGUGCACCCUCGCCCUGCUGCUCAUCCCCCUGGCACUGGCUGCCAUCGCCAACCUCAGCGGUGACUCACGGUGUGUCGGGGCGCGUGUGGCGUCCUCCAGAGAUGAGCAGGCCAUGCGGACGAGGAGGAGGAUGCGGCCGGACGUGGCCUACAACCUGCUGCACACACUCUUCUUUGGCCUCCUGGCCUUUAGUACCAUGAGGAUGAAGUACCUAUGGACGGGCCACAUGUGUGCCUUCGCUGCGUUUGGCGUGUGCGGCACGGAAAUGUGGACGUUAUGUCUGAGGGUUGUACGCUGUAACAGCCAAGCCAAGUUAAGGCUGAUCAGGUACACGGUUCCAAUUGUAAUUCUUGCAUUUCUUUAUUACAAGUUCUGGCCCAAACUAAUGGAGGAACUUUCGGAGCUGCGGGAGUUCUUCGACCCAGACACGGUGGAGCUGAUGACCUGGAUCAGUUCCAAGACCCCCAAGAGAGCCGUGUUCGCCGGCAGCAUGCAGCUCCUGGCCGGCAUCAAGUUGUGCACGGGGAGGGCGCUAACCAACCAUCCCCACUACGAGGACCGCGCCCUGAGGGAGAGAACCAGACAGGUGUACCAGGUGUACGCGAGGCGUUCCCCAGAGGAGGUGCACGGCGUGCUGCGGGGGGCGGGGGCCGACUACCUGGUGCUGGAGGAUAGCAUCUGCUACGAGAGACGCCACAGCCGCGGCUGCCGCCUCCGAGACCUGCUGGACCUGGCCAAUGGACAUAUAAUGGACGGCGACGGGGAGAACGACGCUGACCUGGUGGCGUCGCCCGAGCCGAGGUUCUGCGACGCGGUCAAGACGGACUCUCCGGCCUACACAUCGCUGUUCACGCGCGUCUUCAAGAACAAGACCUUCCACGUGUACAAACUGAAGAAGGCCAAGAAGAAGGCUCGGGGGGGAGAGGGGAAGGCGGGAGAGGCUGCCUCUUAGUCGAGUGCUCCUUACUUCCUUCCUUACUUCCUUCCUUCUCUCACUUCUUCUCUCACUUAAUCUCUUCCUCCGCCUCCUCCUCUUCCUCCUCCACCUCCUCCUCUUCUGCUUCC